CAUGAGGAUAAAAGUGAGUAAUCUAUAAAACUAUUUCACAUCAUAGUAAGAACUGGUGCUUACACUUGUGGACACGAACCAAGCGAGAUGAGCUACAAGAUAAACUGGAUAAGCUUCGUAUUUAUAAUAUGGAUGCUAACCACGUCGUUACAAAUCGAGGCGUCUUUCUUUCCUUGUACCCCGCUUUCACCACCUGAUCGCUGCCGUAAAAUUGACGAGAUUUCCGGAAAGCAGGUCUCCUUUCAUAUUUGCGGCGUUCAACUCACAACAGCUUUAGUUAGGUUCUGCAGAUUGCGAAGGAAAAGAAAUGUAAAACCAAGAGACAGCAAAGUAAUCCUGGACAAGCAAAGAGCUGACGGAUUUCUCACUUCACAGCAGGUGACUAAAAGGAACUUCGACCUUGUAGAAGAGUGCUGUCGAGAGGGCUGUGUGUUGGAAGAACUUUUGGAAUAUUGCAAAUAUUUUUGAAAUGGAAAAUCGGCCAGAAGAAAAUACCUUAAAAAGUAUGUUUAGUUCUCGGUUGAACGCGGUUGCGAUGAACAACCGCUCUCUACAACUUAAGGGAAAUGUAGACCAUAUGGUACUUUGCCGCAACCAAAUUAAUAUUAAUUUUUAAUUUUUGGUCCCAUUUAAUCUCAGUUUAUUUAAAUUAUAGCUUUCGGGGGCAAAGGAAAAAAACGUUAUAAUGAGUCGGGUCGCGAUUAUUCUGCUGAUCCUCAUCGAGAAUGUUAUGACAAGUUCGUUUUAUACAACUACUUGGAUAGAUGUUGAGCUGAGAACGCAUUGUAAAGUUAGGGGAUAUCAAGAUAGCAAUUAUCAUAGAACCGGAAGUGACGAUCUACUGAUCGGUGAUCCAUUUACUCCUGCGAUAUGACCUGAAAUUUCCUCAUUUAGCAGCAAUAAUUUUCUGUUUAGGACCAA